AUGGACCCCAAAACAGAACACAAGGUCGCCGAAAUGUCUCCUGAAAAAGGCCCCGAGUCAUUCGACGCGGUACCCUUGGAAUCUGGACAGGAGCAAAUGCAAAAGGGUCGCUGGGAGCGCAGUUGGCCUACCAUCGCUUGUGGUGCCGGUCUCUUUUCUGAUGGUUAUCUCAAUGGAGUCAUCGGACCAGUCAACACCAUCCUCGGCCAGAUCUACCCCGAUACCUACAAAAACUCCCCGGCUAGUCAGAAUGUCGCCGCCAUCACUUUCGCGGGAACAGUGCUUGGGCAGCUGGUGUUCGGAUACCUUAGCGAUCACUGGUCGCGCAAAUGGUCCCUGAUGAUCUCCACAAUUAUUCUGAUCCUAUUCGGUGCUUUGUGUGCGGGCUCCUACGGGCUUCAUGGUAGCACUUACGGCAUGUUUGCCGCUCUGACAGCCUAUCGAUUCUUUCUGGGUAUUGGAAUCGGCGGCGAGUAUCCUGCCGGCUCCGUGGCUGCUGCCGAGAAUACAAACGAACUGAAGAGCGGUCAUCGGAAUCGGUGGUUCAUCAUGUUCAGCAACUUUCAGAUUGAUUUUGCCUACGUCGUGUCUGCUCUGGUGGCCAUGAUUUUAGUGCUAAUCUUCUCGGAAGACCAUCUACGUGCGGUCUGGCGUAUAGCUCUAGGGCUGGGUGUGAUUCCGCCCUUGAGUUUGUUCUAUCUGCGAUUGAAGUUGAACGAGCCUGAGCAGUUUGACAAGGAGCGCAUGCAUAAGUUUCCCAUUUGGUUGAUUGUCAAAUUCUACUGGAAGCGCCUGACUGUUGUCUCGCUCAUCUGGUUUAUCUACGACUUCUCGGCUUAUUCUUUCAACAUCUACUCUUCGAAGUGGAUUGCGAUUAUCCUGGGGGAUAGUGCUCCGUUGUGGAAAUCUUUCGGUUGGACCACGGUUACCAACGCCUUUUAUAUCCCCGGUUCUUUCCUGGGCGCAUUGGCGAGUGACUGGAUCGGGCCUCGCAAUACUUUGGCUCUUGGUGUCGGCCUGCAAGGUAUCAUCGGGUUCAUCAUGUCCGGCUGCUAUAAGUAUCUUGCUACUCCGGAGAAUGUUGCGGCAUUUGUUGUAGUAUUCGGGUAAGUUUCUCCGUCGAGUCGAGUAUAUACGUCUCUAAGUCUCGAGUCUAGUAUUUUCUCAGCCCUCGGUGAGUUCGGACCAGGUGACAACAUUGGACUGUGUGCUGCAAAGACCAGCGCGACGGCUAUCCGAGGACAGUACUAUGCAAUCGCGGCUGCGGCGGGUAAGAUCGGUGCUUUUGUGGGCACGUACGUGAUGCCCAUUGUCCAGAAUAACGCCCCCAACGAGAUUCGCUCCGGCCAGGAUCCGUUUUUUGUGUCGAGCGCGUUGUGCAUUUUCAGUGCGGCGCUGGCAUUCUUCCUUCUACCCCAGAUCACGCAGGUAUGUGCAGAGUCUCUUUGCCCUUGGCGUCUCAUUCAUCGGUCAUCGGUCCAGUCCCAGUGAGAGACUGUCCCAAAUUGACACGGCCUAGGAAACCAUCGGCGAGGAAGACGCAAAAUUCCGAGCCUUCCUCGAAGCCAAUGGAUACGACACCACAACACUGGGCAACAGAGAGCAGCAAUAGAGGGAUUUCGCGACCGCAACCUUUAGUUGCCGAUCUCUCUAUGCUGCGCCUGUGUUGUCAUUCCCUUCAACUAUCCCGCCCAUACAGCGCCAAAACCAGCCCCCUUGCGACUUUUACCUGCGAUGAUUCCAUGCGACAAGACCGGUUACUUUCCCCCUUGCGGCCAUUGCGGACAACCCUUGCGACAUCUACCCGACGUCAACCCCGAAGUUCCAGAAGCGACAGCGAGAAUGAGAGAUUUGCCUCGAUAUGAUUUUAGUAGUAGUCCACACCAAGGACGGGGACCCCAAGCGACACGAACUAAUGCCCGGAAGCGAGAUGAUUGGUAGAAUACACAGACGCGGCGUCCUGGAUCUGAACCAUCAUGAGGGUUCUUGGGAAUUUUAUCAUGUCUGUGAUGUUAAUGUUAAUGUUGAUGUAUCCUGAUUCAAACGAGUUGACGGCCUUUCACGUGUUUGGCAUGUGAAAGCCCUGUGUCACAUGAUUCCAGUCAAACAGAGCAAACAAGUUGCGGCCUGAGGGAAGUGCUGUCCCAAAGAGGCAGCUCAUUCCGCC